UUCAGUGUGAACCGUUUUCUCUGCACGGAAGAGACCGGAGGAGGACACGACCGAGACCAGGACGAUCUCCAGGACUGAGACCACUGAACAUCUGGGCGGGUUCAGUCUGAUCUGUGAGCAGCUGCACGGCGGCGUGUGUGUGUGAGUGUGUGUGUGUGUGACAGAAAAUGGGAUCGUGGUUCUCCUGAUAGGGAUACAGCAGCAGCGGACGUGAGGGAGGACAGUCACCGGGUGCAGACAUGGCCCACGUAGGCAACGGAGCGACCGCCGAGGAGGAGGACUGUUUUGAAGACGCGUACGACCGGAUACCUGCGGCAUGUCAGAUGGACCUGCAGACUGCCAUCCAGGAGACUCAGUGCGCCCUGAAUCUGGUCCUCAACAACAAGUUCUCUGAAGCCCUGGACCUCCUCAAACCAUGGUGGAAGGACAGCAUGUACCACGCGUUGGGUUACAGCAGCAUCCUGGUGAUGCAGGCGACGAUGACCUUCGAACACAGAGACAUCCAGGCUGCCAUGGCGACCAUCAAGGAGGCGUUACACACCUGUCAGAGGUUCAGGAAGAGGAACUCUGUGGUCGGCUCUCUCUCCAGUCUGAUCAGCAAACAGUCCAACCUGCAGGAAGAGGAGAUGCAUGCUGAGAUCUGCUACGCUGAGUGUCUGCUGCAGAAAGCCACGCUGACGUUUGUUCAGGAUGAGAACAUGAUCAGUUUCAUCAAAGGAGGCAUCAAGAUUCGAACAAGCUACCAAAUAUACAAGGAUUGUCAGAAUGUGCUGAAUGUCACUCAGGACCUGGCCGGCCAGUCGGAUUCGUUCAGACAGUUUGAGGGCGGAGUCAAGCUGGGCAUCGGAUCUUUCAACCUGAUGUUGUCCCUCCUCCCUCAGAGGAUUUUAAGGUUGUUGGAGUUCAUUGGAUUCUCAGGAAACAGGGGCUUUGGUUUAUCUCAGUUAAGAGAGGGAGCCUCCAGUCACAGUUUGCGGUCGAUCCUCUGCGCUCUGACUCUGCUUUUCUACCACACAUAUGUGUCACUGAUACUUGGAACUGGAGAGGGGAACCUGGUGGAGGCUGAAGCUCUGCUGGAGCCGUACCAGCAAAAAUACCCCAAAGGCUCCAUCAUCCUCUUCUACUCUGCUCGCAUCGCCACACUGCGAGGAAACUUCGAGAAGGCCAGGGCGAGGUACGAGGAGUGUAUCAGCAGCCAGCAGGAGUGGAAGCAGAUCCAUCACCUUUGUUACUGGGAGCUGAUGUGGACUCACUCCUACCAGCAGGAGUGGCAGCAGGCGUACCGCUACGCUGACCUGCUGUGCAAGGAAAGCCGCUGGUCCAAGGCGAUCUACGUAUACCAGAAGGCCGCUAUCCUCAGUAUGAUGUCCGAGGAGGAAGCGAAGAAGACUGGAGAGGACAUCGUGGAGCUCUUUAAGCAGGUGGAGGGGCUGAAACAGCGCCUGGCAGGAAAGUCAAUCCCAACAGAGAAGUUUGCAGUGAGGAAGUCCAGACGCUACAAAGCUGCUAACCCCGUCCUCCUCGUCAUCCCUGCACUGGAGAUGAUGUACGUCUGGAACGGUUUCACCAUCGUCGGGAAGAGAGCCGACAGUACCGAGUCCCUGCUGGUUACCAUAGAGACGGCUGAAGAGCAGCUUCGCAGCGAUCCUAACCCGUCAGAGUUUCAUCCAGACGACAGCUGCCUGGUCCAGAUGUUGAAAGGACUCUGUCUGAAACACCUGGGCCGGUUACUGCAGGCCGAGCUCUGCUUCACACAGGUCCUGUCCAGUCAGAGUCGUAUCAGAUAUGAUCACUACCUGAUCCCCUUCACGCUCUAUGAGCUGGGUCUGCUGUACAAACAGCAGGGAGACUUCACCAAGGCCACCGCGUACAUCGAAAAUGCCAAGAUGAACUACAAGGACUACUCCAUGGAGUCCAGACUGCACUUCAGGAUCCACGCAGCCCUCAACAGCCUCAAAGGUUCACCUGUCGGGACUCCGUGACGCUCACCUGGAAACAACAGGAUGAAUCCUCACAGUGGAGUAAUGAAGACGUGUAGGUGUGUCGGAGUUUAAGAUCACAUGUCCACCACGACUCUUCCUCUACUUUGCUAGCGACCUUGUAUUUUAUUUUAUUUUAUUUUAUUUUAUUUUAUUUUAUUGUCCUUAUUUAUUUUUUCACUUUGCGUGGACAGAUGAGAUUAUUGAAGCGUGCGCGUCUUCUCGGACACACUCGGGCUUCCUGUCAGUGUCAGUGAGAUUAUAUUGGUAGAUGAAGAGCCACGGUUCAUAACGUUAACGAACUCCUUUUAUUGUCAGUGAGGAGAGUUUGAAGGAACGAGGUGUGACUUUAUAUUUCACACUGACAUCUGGUGGUUAACAUGGGUACUGCUCCCAACACAUCCUCCUCCCCGGACUCGAAGCUCAUGCAGUGACAUGCUCAUGACACAGCACGGUCCAUUUUCAGAUUGAAUACAGCAGAUAUGUCACAUAAUGUAACACAGAUAAAAGCACAAGGUGAGGAAGAUCGUCUGUACAACGAGUUAUUAACGAGUUAUUUAACCACGGCGGUCCAACGAGACUCCAGCACAAACAAAGAGCAUGAAUUAAAAAGAAAGUACAAGCCAAUUCUGGAUGUUCGGUUGCAGUUGGUCGACUCCUCGACCUCUGCCAACACGCUGAGCGUCUCGUCUCAACGAGUCCUGAAGUCAAACAUUUCCACGUCUGACACCAACAAACAAAUCAGUGUUUGUAUCACGACACAUCACUGACUGGAGGUGUGUGUGUGUGUGUGUGUGUGUGUGUGUUGUGUUUUUUUUUUACUGCCUUCUUUUGGUUUGAUUUCCUAAUAAUGCAUCACACUACACGUGCAGACACAAUCACAGCCUUGGCACGAACCGUGGCUUAUAACACACACACACACCACACA